GAUGCCACAGCACGUCGGCUUCAACUUCACCGCGCCAACGCCAUGUCACUCACGCCCUCCCAUCCGCGGACCAUGAGCCCAGCCUGGGGAAGCUCGCUCAAGCUCACUCCCACCCCCUCACCCUUCCACAAAAGCACCCCGUUGCGCUCGCCCACCAAACCCGCUCGCUGCGAAGCCAGUCUGGCCCUUCGCCAGAUUAUUGGAACGACUAUCCAUUCAGCCAAUGCCUUGGACAGCUUGCCCGCAGAGCGCUCCUUUGCAUUCACAGCCGGCGCUGCAGCUGUUGUUGCGAAAGUCGGUACCGAUCACCACAUCUCUCAGCGUUUCUUUCGCGCGCGCCCAACCACGAAUCCCAUAAACUCGUCCGCGUCGAUAUAUGGAGGCCCAUCUACCCCCACGCAAAACGAGAGCAGAAACCGUACUGCUGCGUCGUUGCGCGAUUCUGCCGCUGGCGCUUCUCCACUGGGCUCUCCCGCUCACGACUGGAAUGAAUCCCCCUCCAACAAAGCUUGGUCCAUCCGCGAGAGGAUCAAGACCGCUACAUGUGUAUCUUUUAGCCCAGACGGGAAGUUUCUAGCAGUAGGCGAGACAGGAUACAAACCGCGCGUACUCAUCUUCUCCCUAUCGUCCGAUACCCCAUCAGAUACUCCUCUCACUUCCCUCACCGACCACACUUUUGGGGUCAAAUGUCUCGCCUUCUCUCCAGAUUCACAAUACCUAGCAAGUCUCGGUUCCCCCAACGAUGGCUUCCUCUACAUAUGGAGUAUCAAUUCACGAACGGGGGCCGCCUCAUUACACUCCAGUAACAAGUGCACAAAUAAUAUUAACCGUAUGGUCUGGAUGGGUACCAGCUUGAUAACAGUCGGUACCAGGCACGUCAAGGUCUGGCGAAUAGAUGACCCAAAUUCGACCCCGCGGCUGUCCAAAAUUCGGCAGAGCGAAGCACCGCUCAUAUCCAACAGCACGCACAAAACCCUAGCGGGAAGAAAUUGCCUGCUCGAAAAUCUGCUCGACGCCAACUUCACAAGUGUGGCCGCCAUAACCCCUUCCAAAGCUAUUGUAUCCACGGAUAAAGGAAUUCUCUGUUUACUAGAUGAUAACGAUGGAAUGCAACGUCUAUCCAAAGUUAUGGAGGCAGGAAACCCCGUGACCUCUAUGGCGGUUGACUCUGAAAGGCGUUUGCAUUUGGCAAGUAACGCAGGGGGUCUGCGAACACUGACUGUCGAUGGGAUUGCCGAUACGACGACCUCACCACCGACGUCACCAUCUCGAGUGGACACCCCUGCGGUCUUGCUGAAUGCAGACGCAAGUACUGUCCAGGUUGUUGUCUCUCUGGAUGACUAUAUUGUAACCGUAGACUCACAGCGUUCGAUUCGCCUGUCACAUUCCUCCAAUUCCGAUGAUAAAGCCCUUGUGGGUGACGUUGUACAAAAGUUGGCAGCACAUGGUGGACCCGUACUUGGAGUAGCGACUCUUGAGAGGCCGAAUGUCGAGCAUGUCCACUUCUGUACGUGGUCUGUCGGAGGUUCAAUUUUGUUCUGGGGCAGGGAUGGGUCGUGCAAGGCUGCUAUUGAGGUUCCCCUCGAGCAGUUUGAGGCGGCUGAUAUUGAAACCAACGAGUUGAGGACCGUCCGCCCUUCUGCUGAUGCCAGUUUCCUCGUUACGGGAGACAAAUAUGGAAUCGUUAGAGUGAUAGACUAUGCGACGAAGAUGUGCGUGUAUGAAUCAAAAGCUCACUCUAGUGAAAUCACUAGCGUAGCUAUACAUGAGACCAGUGAGUCUGCGUAUAUUGCAACUAGCGCACGAGACCGUAUGGUCCAGAUCUUCCAAAGGACAGACAGUGAUUGGAACUUGAUGCAAACACUGGACGAGCAUGUCGGCGCCGUUACUGGUGUGGUUUUCUCCAGGAAUGGAGAACGACUUGUCUCCAUGAGCUCUGAUCGUACUGUUGUUGUCCGCGAGUUGAUGUCUGUCGAGGAGGGUAAGGGACCCAUGAAGGCCUUCCUCAUACGUCGAACCGUUAUCCUGAAGUCUUCGCCUGUCUCCAUGGCAUGGGAUAUCGAUCAAGACGACGUUUUACUCCUUUCGACCAUCGACCGCCAGGUUCACAAAUAUGAUUUACGCAACGGCCACUGCCUAAGUAGCUUCCGUGCAUCCGAUAGCGACGGAAGCGAUGCUGUCGUUCUUUCGUCUCUAUUGCACAUCCCACGGAUGUGGGGACCACCACUCAUUGCUGGUGUAUCUAGUACAGACAAAUCCAUUCGGCUUUACGAGGAGAACGGCUCACUGGUUGCACGGGACUGGGGCCAUACGGAGGGUGUGACAGAUAUCGCUUUUGUACAAAGUGGUGCUGUUGAAAAUGACCGUGAAGAGAAGUCUUUGGUGACAGUAGCAGUGGACGGUACAAUCUUCAUAUGGGGCUUGCUUCUCCAGCCUGCGAAUCGACCAGAAGCAUCGAAAUCCAUGGAUCUUCUUGGGCCGAGUACACCGACAAAUCAAAACUUGCUAGCUAGCAAACCACCUCUACGACGUGUCUUGUCUCAAUCCGAGCUUGCCAGAUUCCAACGCCCCGACGACGAUCAAGUGACCCCGACUGGAAGCAGAUCGCCCAAACUACGCAAGAGGGUGUCUAAGUUUUCGUUGGCUUCGACGCCCAAACUGGAACCUUCGGCACUACCGGGUUACUCACGCGAGCGGGCUGCGGGUACUUCGAGCCAAAAUACGUUGCGGCGGUCGAACCGGAAUCGCUCACCUUCCCCGCCAAGCCCACGGCAUCCACAUGUGACCAAGCGACGUUCAUCGGUAGAUGUCAGGCUUCGGAGCAAAGCUCCGGCAAACGAAUUUGGCAGCAUUGGUGCCCUGACGGAUUCUCUCACUCGUACCCUUCGCGCGUACAGGAAACGGUUGGCGACUUCCCACGACACUUUGAGCGUUGAACUUGUACAGGAGGUAGAGCGCGAGUUGGCGCUAACGACCCGGGCAGUGACAGAGAAAGCCAAGUCAAGCGAUGUGUUCAACGAAGGGGUGAUGCAGAAGCUGCUGGAUCAAUAUUCUGAGCGUCUGCUCAGUACCUUGGACGAGAAAAUUGCCGCGAGCGUUGCUUUCCGCGUGCGGGAAAACAGCGAAAGCGGUAUAUCCACUGGAGGUCUCGUGUCUCCAACAUUGGAUGCGGGUGAAGUCAAAGAAGCGGGCAAAGGAGGCGAAGAGAACAACAAGAGGCACGAAGAUGAUGAUGGUGAAGGAUUGGAUGAUUCUUUGAGGAAUGGAGAACCAUGUUCAGACAAAGGCGACGAGUGA